UCUAACCCUAUUGCUGUUCCCGGAGUCCUUUGCGGCUCACGGCGACUACUACCUUUCCCAGGAACCUCGGUAACAUCGCCCACCGGAAGCGGCGGGCGAGUCGCGUGUCCUUGCGCGGGGAGUGAAGCGAGGGAUCGACUAUGGUGGCUCGAGUAUGGUCGCUAAUGAGGUUCCUUAUCAAGGGAAGUGUGGCUGGGGGAGCAGUCUACCUUGUUUAUGACCAGGAGCUGCUGGGACCCAGUGACAAGAGCGAGGCUGCUCUAAGAAAGGCCGAGGAGGUGGUGCCACCAGCAAUGUACCAGUUCAGCCAGUAUGUAUGCCAGCAGACGGGUUUGGAGAUGCCACAGCUCCCAGCCCCUCCAAAGAUUAACUUUCCGAACUUCCGUGAAUCCUGGAACUCAGGCAUCAUCUCUGUCAUGGCAGCUUUGUCCGUGGCCCCCAGCAAGGCCCGAGAGUACUCCAAGGAGGGCUGGGAUUAUGUGAAAGAGCACAGCAAGUAAUGGAUGCCACCUGCCCCGUGCUACGGGGUGGGCAGGACUCUACCACAGUCGGGACCCACUCUGGGCAGCUUCCAGCAUUGCUGGUCCAAUAAACAACUUGGGAAUGUU